AUGGCCGAUUUCUUUCAUCACAUGUCUAGAAGAGUGCCUGACCCUGACGAAAUGAACUUUGAGAAAAUGACAAAAAUGGGUGGAGUUGAGUUUAAAGGCACUUUUAACGCUACAGAUGCCGAACAGUGGUUGGAAUGGAUUAAAAGAGUAUUCGAACAGUUAGAGUAUUCAGAUGCUGCCAAAUUUAAGUAUGAUGUCUCACUGUUACAAAAAGAUGCCUAUGAUUGGUGGGUAAGUGUACCGAAUGCCAGGGCAAAACCUCUUGUUCUUACUUGGAAUGAUUUUGUGAAAAAAUUUCAUAAAAAGCUAUCCCUCUAUGCUGGGGGUAUUAUUAAUAACAAAAAAGAUAAGUGCAAGCGAUUCAAAGACGAUUCAGGAGGUCCAUCAAAAAGAGAGAGGUUUGAUAGUUCCACAGCUAAUACUUUUCGCAAGUUAUCCCAACAUAAGCAGAAUAGAUCAAGUUUCUCUAUGGCCAGCACUCCAAGCUAUGGCCAAGGCAAGACUCGUAUACCCACUUGUGCACAAUGUGGAAAGAAUCACUUUGGUACUUGUAGAAGAGCUUCUAGAGCUUAUUUUAAUUGUGGGAGCUUCGAUCAUAAAGUGAGGGAUUGUCUUAAUCCUAACCCCACUUCUUCUCCGCAUAUGGAAGGCUCAGUUCAAAAACCUGUUACCACUCCCUCUCAAGGGAAUAAAGGUGCAAGAUCAAGAAACACACAAGCAACAGGUACAGGUGCAGCCAAUCCAGCUAGUGGGUCAAGAGCUAUAGCAUGA